AUGUGGUCCACCGCGCGCGACAUCGCGGACGGGGACACGGUCAUAAUCUGGCUUACGCGCGAUCUGGUGCAGCCGCUGCUGGUUACUGCAGGCAAGGAAUUCAACAGCAAGUUCGGGACAUAUCGCCAUUCAGACUUUAUUGGGCUGGCCUUUGGCUCCAAGGUCGGGUCGCGGACGGGGAAGGGGUUCAUUCACGUGCUGCGCCCAACACCAGAACUGUGGACGCUGGCGCUCCCCCAUCGCACGCAAAUUCUCUACAUCGCUGAUAUCUCCCUCAUCGUCUCUUACCUCGACAUCCGCGCGGGGAGCAAAGUCAUUGAAGCAGGUCCGUGCGCUUCUGUCGAAUCCUCUUCUUUCCCAACAACCACCAAACAUCGCGUAGGAACGGGGUCGGGCUCGUUUUCCCACUCUGUGGCGCGGACGAUAGGCCCGUCGGGGCGCCUAUGGUCGUAUGAGUUCCACGAAGCCCGUGCAAAAAAGGCAAGUGACGAGUUUUCGCGCCAUGGACUCGCGGAAAUCAUCACCCUUACCCACCAAAAUGUGUGCAAAGACGGAUUCAACGUGACGGACGAGGCGGAUUCUGUUUUCCUUGACUUGCCUGCUCCUUGGGACGCUGUCCCACACGCCAAACAAGCCUUGCGGAAAGACCGCACCACUCGUAUAUGCUGUUUCAGUCCCUGUAUGGAACAAGUAUUGCGGACCGUCAGUGCCCUCAACGAGACAGGUUUCUCAGACAUCACGAUGUACGAAACCCUGGUCCGCUUGCAGGAUGUUUCCCAGAUCCCCGCCCCGCCGCCCGUAUCUGAAAUAACCGAGAAGCUAAAAAAGGUGGAGGCGGUCAGAGAGGACAAGCGUCAGCGCCAGAUUGCAGCUGGACAGCGUAGUCACGAGCCGCAUGGCGAGAAGCGCAAACGGACAGAGGACUUGACGGAUGAGGAGCCGACGCCUCCGGAAGAUCCUAACAGCGGCAAGAGGCUCAAAGUUGCGGCUGUAGAGGUGGAUAUGUCUCCAACGCCAACAAUGUCUGUCACCCCGAAGGUCAGCCUGUCCAAGGUCGUUCCCGAGGUUCGCGGCCACACCUCCUAUCUCACGUUUGCGACCCUCUUCCCUUCGCUGCCUACCAAUGCAUCAAAUAUUCAGAUCGAUUCCUAG